UCGCUAUUAUUGUUAUCAUAGUCGGUGUUAUUAUUGAGUCACCCUUCCCCUCCAAGGUCUCGCACGACUCCGCGACAUUGCCAUUGCCGUUGACCUCCCCCGCAACCUCGCCCCUCAACACCUUCAUUUUCAUUCUCUCAAUCUCACUCCCACUCCCCUCUCCUGGCCACCCCGGCCCUUGGUAUGCCAAAUUCACUUCACCCACCAACAUGACAGCUUGGUCUAAACAGCCGUUCAAAGCCCUCUACGGCGUCUUCUUCAUCGUCAAACUGAUUGGCCUCAUACCAUUGUCUCUGCUACGCUACAGUCCAAAAUGGUCACGUCCCGUUCCUGGUUGGAGUCUGAAGAUAUGCGUCGUCAACGUAGUAGCUCGCGAAUUGUUCCGCUACUACACUCAAACGCGGUCAAACGGGGUCGCUGGCGUCGAGUCUGGACAUAGACGCGCAAAGGAACGAUUCGCUUUGGUCGAACCCGCCGAUGCAAGCCUCUACUCGGGGGUACUGGCUUCUGGGACGUCGAAACCAGCAGCCGUAGGUGGACUAUGGUUCCCGAGCCCGAUCCCUCAAAGUGAAAGAGAAGGAGAAGCAGCUCCUAGCCUCAGAGACGAGAAAGUCGUCCUCCACUUCGCCGGCGGAGCCUUCGUCCUCGCCUUUGGCACCGAAGAGAACGGACAAGACAUCUCGAACAUCAUGACGCGACACCUGAAAGCAACCCGAACCUUCCUCGCCCAAUACCGCGUAUCCAGCGACUCCCAAACGCGCUUCCCAAGCGCGAUCCAGGACCUCGUCACCUCCUACCACUACAUCCUCUCCCUGGGCAUCCCCCCCGCCAACAUCAUCCUCUCUGGCGACUCCGCCGCCGGAAACCUCAUCCUCGCCCUCCUCAGACACCUCUCCAGCAACCCGUCCCCCCAUCUCCCUCCCCCAGGAGGCGCCAUGCUCUGGUCGCCCUGGGUACACGUGACGCCCACCGCCGGCGCCGACUACACCCAGUGCCGCAACUCCGCACACGACCUCCUCAUCCCCUCGCUCCUCCAAUGGGGCGCCGACGCCUACCUCCCCGAGCCCGGGAAGACGCCGCCCAGCGACGUUCUACCCUUCAUCUCGCCGCUUCACCAUGCGUUCGCGACGACCGUGCCGUUGUUCGUGCACGCGGGCGGCGGCGAGGCGUUCUUCGAUCAGGUGAACGAGUUCACGGUGGAGAUGGAGCGGGUGCAGGGGAACAGAGUGAGAUUCUGUUCGACGGAGACGGCGCCGCAUAAUCUGCUGUUGGCGUAUCGGGGGUUGGGGUUGGAGGGGGAGAUGGAGGUUGCGGCGGAGAGCGCUCGUAAGUUCUUUGAGGGGGAGGAUUGAGAAUUAUAA